ACUGUGCAGUAAAAUGUUUUAUGUGCUUUUCUUCGUUUGUUUAAUAGGAAUGUCAGAUGGAUCGUUGGGUUGUUGUUAAUAAACAAGCCAAGAACGUAAAAAUAACAACAGAGUCUGAGUGAGUGGUCAAUCACACAAAGAAGACCCUCACAUAUUAAAAACCACCCCCCAACUGUUGUUUCUUCUUCUUCCCUCUGUAAUCUCACUGAUUAUAGACAUUAUUCCCUAUUUCUCUUCCCCGUUUCACAGACCACAACAGUCGUUUAUUAAUAUACAAUCCUUAUUCUCCGUCUUUACACAGCUUGUUUGCUUCUUCCUUCCUCUGCGGUUUUGGUUUUGUCCCUCUCUCUUUCUCUCUCUCUCUGCUCCAUCCCAUUAGAGAGAACCACCUUGGCUUGCUUCACCACCAAGUGUCCUUUUUAUUUUCCCCAGCUGAGCACUGGAGCUCUGAGUUUUCAACAGUUGUUGUCUUCUCUCUUUUUCUCCUCUUAUAUUAUUUACCCAUCUUAAGAACGUGGCUCUCCUGUUUCUUUUACCUUCCCUCUUAUUCACAUUUGGCGGACUGGUGACUCUGUGAACCCAUCUCGGUGGGGUUUUCUCUUUGUUGGUUAUCUUGUUGCACAAAUUGCCGGAAAUUUUUACUUAUAAAGCUCAAGACUUUCGCGGUGGGUUCUUCAAUAAUUUGUUAUUCCGUUGCAAAAGAGGAAAAGCAGGAAUCUUUGGGGCGAGUUAUCAAAUUUGGUUGAUUUGGGUCAUGGCAGUUUGCUGUGAUCUUGAAGUUGAUGUUAAUGGAGAAGAGACUUUCAUGGUGGACAAGAAGAUUAUAUCUUCGUAUUCAGGAAGAUUAAGCAAGUUGUUUGGGAAAUCAACUAGUGGUACUAGGACUUUGAAGGUCAUAUUCAAUGAUUUUCCAGGAGGAGCUGAGGGCUUUGAGCUCAUGUUAAGGUUCUGUUACAACAAUGGCAGAGUUGAUAUAAACCCUUCCAACCUGUCCUUGCUGUACUCUGCUGCAAAGUUCAUGGAGAUGAGCAGUGAUUUUCCAUCUACAACUAGACCCAACUUAUUGGAACAAACUGAGAAAUCCCUUCAACAGAUAGGCUACUGGACUUGGUCUGAGCUUCUGGUCACCUUAAAGCAAUGCCAAGACUUGUCUAAUUCAUCAAGCAUUGUCGAGAAAUGUAUGGAUUCACUUAUUGGAAGGAUGGCUUUGUCUAGUGAAUCAAGUCCAUGUCCUUCCACUUCUUCACAAGAUAGCUCGGGGACAGUCCGGGUUUCAUGUGAUAGUCGAAGUACAGAGAGUCUCAAGACCUGCUUUGUUAGAGGAACAUGGUGGUUUGAGGAGAUAUCUGGUUUGAGUUUAAGUUUCAUUGAGAUGCUAAUCAAAGCAAUGGCUUCAAAGAAAUUUGAUCAUGGCACAAUUAGUAAGUUCCUCUUUUACUACCAGAAAUCCAAGUGCUACUCAACCUCAGGUGAUGAGAAGGUCAAGACGAUUGAGGUUGUUAUCGAUUUGCUUCACAUUCUUGAUUGGAGCUCCAUUCCUUGCAAGAGCUUAUUCUGUUUACUCAGAGUUGCUUUGAGUUUGAAUGUGAGCAAAUGUAGUAGGAAAAAGGUGGAGAACAUGAUAGGUUCUCAGUUGGAUCAAGCAACUCUGGACAAUCUAUUGAUCCCAUCUCCUCACGGGGCCAACUCUCUGUAUGAUGUAAAUCUUGUUCUGAGAUUCUUGAAAUCGUUUCUCCAGGGCGGAAUUUACUCAAUUCGGUUGAAUAAGGUUGCGAGUUUGAUGGAUAUGUACAUUGCAGAAGUAGCUCCUGAUCCUAGCUUGAAACCAUCCAAGUUUCUUGCUUUGGCCAUGGCCUUGCCGGAUUCUGCUCGGGACUCGUACAAUGAGAUGUACCGUGCCAUAGACAUGUAUCUAGAGGCUCAUACUGGAUUAUCUAACGAGGAAAAGAUGAAGAUAUGCUGUGCACUGAACUAUGAGAAGGUGUCAGCAGAAGUAUGUAUGCACAUUUCUCAGAACAAGAAGUUCCCAUCAAGAACUGCUAUCCAAGCUCUCAUGUCUCAGCAAGUGAAGCUGAAGAACCUGCUCCAACCCACCAAUGCCACAACCUGCUUUGUGGAUUCACCUUGCAGUAGCUUGGGCGAAGCAGAUCAAAAGGGGAACAAGGACGAUCAGCAAAUUGUCCUCUAUGCUGCCAAGCUCGACUUCUCAGCCGAUAACGAGAGGCUCAGAGCACAUCUACAAGGCAUGCAAUGGAGGGUGAUGGAGUUGGAGAAAGUUUGCAGAAAGAUGCAGACACAAAUGACAAAGAUGAUGAAAUCUAAGACACCCAAUCGGAGCAGUUCGAGAUCCUUGCCAAAGCUAUGCUCUUGAUGUGGUGAAGCAAAAGAGAUGAUCAUAUAUCAGGAUUCACAGAAUCCAUCCCUUUUGAAUCAUGACCAGUAUCUUUCAGUUGUAUAGAAGGAUAAAAAAAAAUUGUUGUUUUUUUUUUUCAAAUUUAUUUCCCACUUCCAUUGCAUUGUUGGGUUUGUAGCAAAGUCAUUUCUUCCUUUUCCUCUUUGUUCUUUGGGUUGCCAUAGUAAAAGGCAACUACUGAAGGGGACUUCUCUUUUGAAGCAGCAGAGGCUUGGGAUAUUGGCUGCUGUAUAGUAAAUUAAACCACAAUAGAUGAAAAGAGAAAGAAAAAAAGAGAGAGGAGCUUUUUGGUGGUGCAAUUGAAUUCCUUCUUGGGUUUUGUAGUUGGUCCCCAGAAUGUUAAGUCAAUAUCUGUUUUGCUGUAUGAAUUCCUGCAGUUUGUUGGGAUACUAAAGAGGCUGGAGAAGA